AUGAUGUCCAUCCUCUCUGCUCUUCUCUGCCUCGGGCUGAGUCUGGGCCAGAGGAUCCACGUGCAGGCAGGGACCCUCCCCAAACCCACCCUGUGGGCUGAACCAGGCCCUGUGAUCCCUUAUGGGAGCCCUGUGACCCUCUGGUGUGAGGGGACUCUGGAGGCCCAGAAGUUUGAUCUGUAUAAGGAAGGAAAACAUGUGCUUUGGAACACACAGACUGAAAGGAAGUCCACAGCCAAGGGCAAGUUCUCCAUCACACACAUGACAGAGCAUGAUGCAGGGAGAUAUUCCUGUUCUUCUAACAGCCCCACUGGCUGGUCAGAGCCCAGUGAACCCCUGGAGCUGCGGGCGACAGGAGCCUACAGAAAACCCAGCCUCUCAGCCCUGCCCAGCCCAGUCGUGCCCUCAGGAGGGAACGUGACCCUCCACUGUGGCUCACAGCAGGGAUUUGAUAGGUUCAUUCUGACUAAGGAAGGAGAUCACAGGCUCUCCUGGACCCAGGACUCAGAACCACACCCCAGUGGCCGGUCCCAGGCCCUGUUCUCUGUGGGUCCCGUGACCCCCAGCCACAGGUGGAGGUUCAGAUGCUAUGGCUGUUACAGGAACAGCCCCCAGGUGUGGUCACACCCAAGUGAUGCCCUGGAGCUCCUGGUCUCAGGUGAGUCUGGGAAGCCCUCCCUCCUGACCCAGCAGGGCCCCAUCGUGGCCUCUGGACAGAACCUGACCCUCCAGUGUCGCUCUGAUGUCGGCUAUGACAGAUUCGCUCUGCACAAGGAGACGAAACAGGGCCUCCCCCAGAGCCUUGUCCUGCAGCCCCAGGCUGGGCUCUCUCAGGCCCACUUCCCCCUGGACACUGUGAGUAGGUCCCAUGGAGGCCGGUACAGAUGCUAUGGUGGAUACAACCUCUCCUCUGAGUGGUCGGCCCCCAGUGACCCACUGGACAUCCUGGUGGCAGGACACCUGCCUGACAGACCUUCCCUCUCGGUGCAGCCAGGCCCCAGGGUGGCCUCAGGAGAGAACGUGACCCUGCUGUGUCAGUCACAGAGCUGGAGGGACACUUUCCUUCUGUCCAAGGAGGGGGCAGCCGAUCCCCCCCUGCGUCUGGGAUCAAAGUACCAAGCUCUGCAGUUCCAGGCAGAGUUCUCCAUGAGCCCUGUGACCUCAGCCCACAGGGGCACCUACAGGUGCUACAGCUCACACAGCACCUCCCCCUUCCUGCUGUCACUCCCCAGUGAGCCCCUGGAGCUCCUGGUCUCAGAGGAGGGAACAGAGUGGAUCAGCCCUGAGGAAUCCAGGACAGACUCAGAGUCCACCCCCUUAUUUUCCCAUCCCCAAGACUACACAGUGGAGAAUCUCACCCAGAUGGGCGUGGCUGGCUUGAUCCUGGUGGUCCUCGGGGUGCUGCUAUUUGAGGCUCGAAACGACCCCAUAAGGACCCUCGAUGCAGCCAGCAUGUGA